AUGGAUGAUCAACGGAGAUCGCCGGAGAAAGCGAACGCACAUCUGCCGGUCACUGCUUCUUUUGAUUCAAGCGACAGAAGAUCUCACAUCAUUCAAGUCGCGCCCAUCGCCGAAACCCGAUGGCAAUACCUUCGUCGGUACUUUACAACGAGAGAGGGAUGGAUCGGAGACUAUGACUAUCGGUACCUUGUGACACCGAACAUCUGGCCCUUGAACAAGGCGUACAAGAAUUAUGAGGCACCAUUCUAUGGGUUGAAUGAUGAAGUGCCAAUUUUCCUAACGAUCAUCCUGGGCCUGCAACACGCCUUGACUAUGAUCGGAUCCGUAGUGUCACCACCACUGGCGGUUGCAAGCGGCGCAUUCAAUCUCUCAGCGGAGCAAAGCCAGUACCUUGUAUCGGCGGCAUUCAUCACCACGGGAAUUGCAACAGCUUUGCAGGUGACCCGAGUCCACCUGGCAAAGACGCCCUUCUUUAUCGGUACUGGGCUUCUGUCUGUGGUUGGGCCAACCUUUGACAUUCUGGCAAUUGCAUUUAGCUAUGCGGACAUGCGAUAUGCGAACGGAUCUUGUCCUACAUCUUCUGAUGGAUCCAAAUUGCCGUGUCCGGACGCGUGGGGUGCCAUGCUAGGUACGAUACUUUGCACCGUUUGGAUUCAGAUCUUGCUAUCUUUUGUACCACCAAGGACCCUGAACAGAAUCUUCCCGAAGAUUGUGACUGGCACACUUCUUCUGCUCGUCGGGGUAUACUUGAUCUCCAGUGGAAUGGAGAAUUGGGGAGGUAGUUCGAACUGCAACGGCGGCGCGGGUUUUUAUGCUCUCUGCCCCGAUACUGCAGCCCCAAAGCCACUACCCUGGGGAAACCCGAAGCUCAUCGGUCUUGGAUUCAGCGUGUUUGUGACAAUCAUCAUCGUCGAGCUUUUCGGAUCACCCCUCAUGCGUUCCGCAUCCGUGGUCUUUGGGCUGGCAGUUGGAUGCGCGAUAUCCGGGGCAACAGGAUAUUGGUCGCGUGAUAAUAUCGAUGCAGCCCCGGUUGCAACCUUUCUCUGGGUCGAAACAUUCAAACUAUCGGUGGACGGAGCCCUGGCUCUGCCGCUUCUCAUCCUCUUCAUCUGCGAGGCAGUGAGCUGUAUGCCAGAUAUUCUGGCUACGGCCGAAGUCUCGGGCUUGGAAAUUGAUGGAAUCGAAUUCAAUAGUCGGAUCCAAGGUGGUAUCCUGUGCGAUGGCAUUGGGAGUCUGAUCAGUGCUUUGGGUACGGGUAUGCCCAUGGUGAGCCAGGCCGCAAACAACGGCGUAAUCUCUCUCACCGGAUGCGCUAGCCGGAGAGCAGGAUGGUGCGCUUCGGGAUUUUUGAUUCUCAUGGGAAUCUUCGGGAAGUUCGGGGCAGUCUUCGGCUCCAUGCCCCCGUCCGUGCUCGGAGGAAUGCAAGUUUUCCUUUACAGCACAAUCGUCGUCGCAGGGAUCAAAGUUCUCAGCCUGGUUGAGUUCACGAGACGCAACCGCUUCAUUCUGACAACCGCAUUGGGCAUUGGCUUUAUUGACAUCGUAUCUCCCGAAUGGUUUGCCCAGAUCUUGGCCUACAGCGGCUCCAAUGUGCGACUGCAAGGCUUUGAGCAGGGUAUCAAUUUGGUAGUAGAGACACCUUUUAUUAUUGCCGCCGUUGUCGGAGUCAUUAUGAAUUUGAUUCUUCCGUACGAAGGAAGCAAUAAGGUGGAGGCAUAUGAGGGGCAACCGGCGCUCCCCACCUAG